AGCGACAGGGCGUCCCCAUAGGUCGUCCGCACUCUCAGUCGCUCACUCACCACCCCUCGCAGCAAAUGUCCAUGCCGCGCGUGCGCCACCGCUCCCAGUCGCCCAUGGGCCGCGAAUACCUCGCCGUGCCGCACUCCCGCUCUCGAGGUGCGUCGCGGCUCUCUGCCCUCACCCACGAACAACUUUACCCAUCCCCUUCCUUCCCAGGUCCAGGCGGCGGCAGCGGCUCUCCUGGCAGUGGCGGUGUCUCGCCGAUCCCAGGCCAUCCCAGCGUAAACGGCCCCCUCGGCGCCCCUGGCCAGAUGCAGACCUACCAGACACACAUCUUCGCGCCGCCAGUCACUGGAGCGCCCGUCAAGAAGAGCAAGUUGUCCGGCGCAGCGAGCUCUGGAAGCCUUGGGCCCAAUGGAAGCGUCCUUACAUUGGGUCCCAACGGCUCCGUCAUCUCAGGACCCUCGGUCAUGGGCGGUGGCGGCUUCCCGCCUACGAACGCAUCCGGUCAGCGCAUCUGCCGCCAGUGCGGCCUGCCAGGGCGGUACAAGGAAGGCAAAUGCGUCGAGAAGUGGGGUCCAGGGCCCGAAGGCCCGGGGACAGUGUGCGACCGCUGCCGAAAAAAGAUGAAGCGCGUCGAGCGGCGCGGCACCAUGGACGGACAACUCGCCAUGGGUCUUUCCCACCAUCACCAGCCACCCGCGGCAAUCCACCCGUCCUCCCACCACCACAGCACCCUCAAUGGGCACGGCCCCGGCCCUGAUCGCUCUCUCCACCGCUCGGAUACCCUCCCUGUCAACCACUCCUACCCGCAUUCGCAAUCCUCGCGACACCUCGGUCUCGCCUCGUCCAUGACGUCGCCGUACUCACGCCAUGAGAGGGACCACGAACGGGACCGUGAGGAAGCAAGGACGCAACCGACGUCGCCGCCCUCCGGCCACUUGGGAUCCCAACGAUCGCCGCCGACCCCGCCGUACAUCGCCACGCUGCCCGGUGCAUCCGUUGGCGACGACGACGACGCUUACGAGAUGGAACGAGACCGCGUCUCACGGCCCAAGGGUUCCCGUGCGCAGAGCCCCGCCGGACGGGUGCCGCAGAGCAACCACCGGUCGACCGACCGCAGCAGCUCACUGAGCAACACGCCGCCCCUGAACGGUGUUACGAACGGCGCCGCCGCGUCCGCCAGAGGAUCCCCGAGAGGCUCUGACGCCUCGCGCGCGAGCGGUGGCGGCUCACGCUCCGAGGACAUGGAUGCAGAUGGUGAUGCUGAUGCCGAUGCGGACGCUGACGCCGACGCGGAGGUCGACGCAGAUGCGGACGCGGAUGCCGACCUGCUCGAGGCCGUCGACGCCGCCGAGGCGAACAACUCUAACGAUGACGAGUGGCUCAAGAAGGAAGAAAUGUAAAUAGUCGUUUUUUGGUAUACCGUGUUCAGUUGCUUGCAUGAACUCACGAACUUUGUCGCCGCUGCUAUGUAACAUUAAUCCCGCGUGUCGUGCUGUAUGAAGUAGUAGUUAGAUUGUUCUGAUGUUAUUGUGCUGUCGUUCGCAU